AUGUCGUCCUCGGACAGUCCAAAAGUGAGUGGAAGGAAGGCCGACAAGGACAAAGAUGGAGGCAACGAUGAUGAAAAGGGAGGUUUCUUCGACAAGGUUAAGGAUUUCAUCCAAGAUGUUGGGGAGAAGAUCGAGGAAGCAGUAACCAUUGGAGCGCCUUCGGCCGAUGUUAUUGGGAUCCACAUCCCCCACGUCAGCCUGGAGAAGAUAGAGCUCAUUGUUGAUGUUAUGAUUGUCAACCCGAACCCUGUCCCCAUCCCUCUUGUCGACAUCGAGUACUCGAUCGAGAGUGAGGGAAGGAAGCUCGUGUCCGGAACAAUCCCUGAUGCUGGGACCAUACAUGCUCGUGGUACAGAGACCAUCAAGAUUCCCCUUCUACUGAUUUAUGAUGACAUCAGGAGCACAUACAAGGAGAUCAAGCCUGGAAGCAUCAUUCCUUACAGAGUCAAGGUCGUUCUUCACAUAGAUAUACCUGUACUUGGGAGGAUUUCUAUACCGUUACAGAAAAACGGUAAGAUUCCGGUGCCAUACAGACCGGAUGUCGACAUUGAAAAGAUCAAGUUUGAACAGUUCUCUUUCGAAGAGUCGACCGCGACCCUCCAUUUGAAUCUGGACAACAAGAAUGAUUUUGACUUGGGGCUGAACUCAAUGGAUUAUGAAGUGUGGCUCGCUAAUGUGAGCAUUGCCUCUGCUGAGCUCAAAGAAUCUACCAAUAUUAAGAAACAGGAGAUAACAACUAUGAACUUGCCUAUCAGCUUCAGGCCUAAGGAUUUCGGUUCUGCUAUGUGGGAUAUGAUUAGGGGAAAGGGAACUGGUUACAGCAUAAAGGGACACAUUGACGUCAACACACCUUUCGGACACAUGAAAAUACCUAUAAGCAAAGAGGGGGGAACAACUCGUCUUAAGAAGGGGGAUGACGACGAUGACGACGAUAAGGUAUAUAUUAUCUGAAAUUUUGGUACUCCAGCUAAUUAG